UCACAAACACACGUUGGUUUACUUACUCUAUUAAGUGCUGUCAGGAUAUCAAUCCCACUAGCACGUACAUGCUCAUGUAUGAAAAACAAUGUUUACACUUCUCUUUAAAAAACGAUUUACGACGCAUUCGACGACGACCCCUUAUACGUCUACUCAAACAGGAAGGAAGUGUUUCGCUCCAAACGAACAGCGCAGAAGAGGAAACCUGUCAGGCAAACUGGACACAGUAUGCAGGACGCCGUGACCGCGGCCGUGAGGUUUUCGCUGUACAGCAAUGGCAGCGCGUUCCCCACCGCGAUGGAGAACGUCUCCGUGUUACCUACCUGGGAUCCAGACACAGAAACAAAUGUAACCAAGCCACACAAGUGUCUGCAAGUCCUCUAUGAAGACAUCAGCAACUCCAGGGUGAGGUUCUGGGACCUAUUGCUGCUGGUGCCCAAUGUGGCAUUCUUCAUAUUUCUGUUGUGGAAGCUGCCGUCCGCCAGAGCCAAGAUCCGCCUGGUUUCCAGCCCCAUCUUCAUUACCUUCUAUAUACUGGUGUUCGUUGUGGCAGCAGUCGGAAUCACUCGUGCUAUAGUGUCCAUGACUGUCAGUGCCUCCAGUGCUGCUACCAUUAUUGACAAGGUCCUGUGGGAGAUCACUCGCUUCUUCCUCCUGACGAUCGAGCUGAGCGUCAUCAUCCUGGGGCUGGCCUUCGGGCACCUGGAGAGCAAGUCAAGCAUCAAGCGCGUUUUAGCCAUCACUGCAGUCUUGGCCCUGGUGUACUCCAUCACACAGGGCACUCUGGAGAUCCUGUAUCCCGAUCAGCACCUAUCUGCAGAAGACUUCAACAUCUAUGGCCAUGGGGGGCGCCACUUCUGGCUCGCCAGUUCCUGUUUUUUCUUUCUGGUUUAUUCUCUGAUAGUGAUCCUGCCCAAGACCCCUGUGAGAGAGAGGAUAUCCCUGCCAUCCAAGAAGAGCUUCUACGUGUACGCGGCCAUCCUGUCCGUGCUCAACCUGGUGCAGGGCGUGGGCAGCACCCUGCUGUGCGCGGGGAUCAUCGAGGGGCUCUGCUGCGUGGAUGUGACCACAUUCCUUUACUUCUCCGUGUUUGCGCCUUUGAUCUAUAUCACAUUCCUCAAAGGAUUUUUCGGCUCGGAGCCCAAGAUCAUGUUCUCCUACAAGUCCCAGAUAGACGAGCCCGAUGACACCGACGUGCACCUCCCCCCCACGUACGGCGUGGGCCGGAAGGAGCUGGAGUCGGGGUCCUACUCCAGCACGCAGAUCGACGGGUCUGCUGCCUACCUGGACGACGUGGCGUCCGGGCCCUACACCGUGGGCAGCAUCAACAGCAUCGACAGCGACCGCUGGAGAGCCAUCAAUGCCUAGGGGGGCCAUGGAGGCGAGGGGGGGGAAGGGGGGGGCGGCGGGAGAGGGAGGGGAAGGGGAGGGGCUGUCUGACACGCUGACUCUCGGGAAUUCGGAAGAGGGCCGAGCUUUCGUCAUUUUGGCGGAGGGGCGAGCCCCGACCCGCCUCAUUACGGACCAGACCAGUCCUGAGGUUCGUGCUUUUGCCCAAUCAGCAGCUACAGUAAGCAUCGCUUCCCUAAACAUUUUGAAAACCUUAAAGCUUACAAAUGUAAAAAAAAAAAAAAAAAAAAAAUUAAAACGUACAUACGUUCACACUCACUUCCUGGUGCUGAGUGCCUCCUGGCUUUUAGAUUCGUGACUUGGCAUCGGUCUCUGGGCCUCACCCCGUAGGCCAAACCGCUUCAUCAGAAGACGGCCCCUAAACUGUGCCAUUCGGUCCUGGCUCCGCUGUGCUUUCCUUUUCAUUUAAAAUGAAUGCUGUAUUCAGUGUGAAAUACUGUUAUAGUGUUAGGGAGUGUCAGUGUUGCCGAGUAACAGUAUGGCUCAGUGUCUGUAUUACAUCAGGUCCUCCUGCGUGCGUCAGAUCAGGCUCGGUAGGCCCCGCAGACAGUGGCUCCUCCCACCCGAGCCCGGCCGGCACGCUACUGGGCGUGCCCAGCGCACCACAGACUUCGAGGACAACGGAUUCACGUUCCCUGCUUUUUGUGAAUUUUAGGUUAAUUAUUGUACGUCCAUCUUAUUUAUUUUAGUAACAGCUCAGUUUUGUUUUGGACCAUUUUGACCGGUUUUGAAUGCCUUCACCUUUUUCAUCCAUCAUUGUUAAACAACCAUAAAUGACACGUAAAGCACGUAAUCUCUCCCAGGUCUGGCGCCAAACACACCGGGUGACCACAGCCAUGGAGCCAUGGUCUGAAGUACCAACUGCAGUAGCAGAAUCCCUGAUUUACCAUUAGAUGGUACCAUUAAGUGACUGCCCUGUUCUUCUUCACAGACAUCCAUUAAAUAAUGAACCUUGUUGAAUUUGAUUAAAUAUUUUAUUUUUUGGAAGCAGUUCAUGUGUUGGUCUGUAGGUAUUGGACACCAGUAGGGCCCUGUAUUUUCAUUGACUGGGUUUUUGUUUUUGUAUCCUCUGGUUUAUUUUUCCGUUUGCUACAUGCCUGUUAAAACCACUCUAGCUGAUGACUGUAAACCUUCAUCGGUGAGAAAUGGCAACCAAGCAUAAGGAGUGUGGUGCAGUCCACAGACAUUUCCAUCUGGGUAUCCUUACUGUACGUUUUUAACCAUCUGAUACUAGGGGCUGAAUUGGUGUUUGGCUUUUGGAUUUCGAGCACAUAAUUUGAAACAGGGUGCCAGCAGCUUACAAUAGCAUCAGCAACGGAUUCUUUUCGGACUGUUAGGUUGCCGGUAUGUCUUGUGCUUUAAUCGGAGAGUUGAGAUUCCUCUUCGCUCAUUUGUCCGCAGAGACCGAGUCAUGCGAGUCAGCGACUAACGUGCAGGUGCUCUCUGAAGCAUCAGGCCACGCUGAAGAGCAUAGAAAUGCCCAUACUACAAAUUAUUCUUGUGGACAGAUAUUACACAUUAUAUAGAAAUUAUUUUUCAUACAUCAAGAAAAUGUACACAAAAUGUUUCACCUCAUAGUGUUUGAUAAGUGUUCUUGUUCAGGGCUGUUUAACAGUUUUUCGCACCUUUUUUUUUUUUUUUUUUGCGGAAGUUUUAUGAAGGGUUUCAUUCGUUUAUGGGUAUUGGACGGUGUUAAGCUGGGAAGUAUAUAGCACCACAGAGCCCCUGCUUAUGAAGGGUGAUGGUGGUGCGUUUCUAGGAAGGAGGAAGUGGCAAUAUGCUUGACAUCAGGGAAAGGAAGCUGGAGGUAAACUGGUCCUAAAUAAAUGGUGUAGCAAACACCACCAUUGCUCUCCACAAGAGAUACUGAACUUUACUGGUGUAUUGGAAAUAUAUUUUAUUUGUGUAUUAUUGUAGAAUAUUGAACCAUAAGUGAUGUUGAACAUUCCAUGGGUGAUUAAAAAAGUCAUACUUUUCGAUUCCUGCUUCUGUAAUUUUGUUUCAAAAUUUCCGCCACGGAUGGUUUGUAUUGAAUUGCUGAAAGGUGUGAGAAUUGACUGCUUUGUAUGCCAUUACGUUUUUCUUUAAAACAAAAUAAACUGCUUACAAGA